GCCCACGGCGCUGAGCAGCUGCAAACUCAAGCGAUCCAGCAAGCAGCUUCCAAGCUCAUCGUUUCAGGAUGCCAAAACGAGACCGUUGCUGGAAUCGUGCGUGGUGAGUAUGUUGCAGCGUCCGAAAAUCACGGACGUCCGGUGUUCCGCCGUACCGAACAGUCCAACAACAUGGACGUUCUGAUCUAUUUCUGGGACGACAGAGACGGCGCUAGCUUCUCUGGAUGGUGGUUCGGUCCUGCAGUUGGAGGGGAUCAAGUUUGGGCUUACAGCCCCGACAAGUCCAUGGUGCCGCCAUCUUCGCAGUGGAGGGUUCCGUACGAUGGUCCUGUUGAUGCAAGCUUCAGUGUACAGGUUGUUGGUUCGCAGGAGCAGCAAGCCUACCAGCAGAUGGCCCAGCAAAAUCAGUAUCAGCAAGCGCAGCAAGGCUACACGCAGGGCUGCGGCCCCUGUGGGCAGGCUGGCUUCCAACAGAACAUGGGUCAUCAGGAAUGGCAAGAAGCACAGCGCCGACAACAGGAGGAGCAGAAUGCCAUCCAGAUGGUGCGACAGGCCAUUCAUAGAGUUCGCACAACAUCUCCAGAAGCCUUGGAUCAAGCUUGCGCAGAAAUGCAAGAUGUGUUCAACAAAGUCGGCAGUGAGUGUGGAAAUAUGUGGCAACGGUUGCAGCAGGAAGUCUACCAGGCCACGCAGAUGGCCGCCGAGCGCAAAGAGACAUAUCGGCAGCAACGGGAAGAAGAGGAGAAGCGCAUGAAAGAGCGCGAAGCCGUCACUGCUCAACUUCUGCAGGAGUUGUCCCAGCUGGUCAUCGCAGCUGAGGGCAGCGUCUCCGAGCUCAAGGAGAAGGUGCAGCCGAUCAUGGACACCAGCCUGGACCUGUCGGAGCUCGACAAGUCCAGUGCCGGUUUUGGCGAGGUAAAGGGCAAAGCCAAAGCGAGCUGCCGAGCCUGUUCUGAUUUCCUCCUAAGCAAGAGGUUUGCUAUGGAAGAGGCCAGAUCUGUGGUAGCAGAGACUCGGGAGCAGCUUGUGCAGUUGCAACGAAAGAUCCACGGUGCCUUCGUGAAUAUGGCCACAUGCGUGAACGGCCUCGAGGCCAAGAUCGACGGCGCACAUCGAAAGGAGAAGGCAUUGAAACACAUGGAGAAGAGGGAGGAGUUGUUUCGGAAGUAUGAUGUGGACAAUGAUGGCAUGCUGAAUGCACAGGAGAUCGCGGCCUAUGCGCAAGGGGAGUAUUCCUUUCAGGUUCCGCAAAGCGUCAUCGACAAGCUUGUCGGCAGUGGAGAUGACAGAAGAGGUGUUGACAAGCAGAACCUUGCCCGAGUCCGACAAGCAGUCGGAGUGGCAAGGGAAGAGGCAGCUGUCAAAAGGAGGCGGGUGGAGGCUGAGAAGCGUCGAAGAGAACUGGAAGCGGAAAAGGAGGCACUUGAGGCGCCAUGCUCGACAAGGGCCGUGGCCAAGUUUUGA